AUGUGUGACAUUAAAAAGUGUAUUGAGUGGAUUUAUUCAGAUUUGAAUAAUUAUUUAUUAUCAAACAACCUCUCACACUUAUCAGAUAUAGCCAAUACAGAUAUUGAGCUGACAGCAUGUGGGCAUUCAGCUGGUGGACAUAUUGUUUUAACAAGUAUUUUGGACGAUCCAUCUUUUGCAAAAUACAUCAAAAAUCUCAUUUGUCUUGCUGCAGUUUAUGAUUUGGAAUCACAAUAUGAAAAAGAAAAGACUAGAGGAGUUGAAAAGAUAUCAGGUCUGUACAGAGUAAUGAGAGGCGACUUGACCAAAUAUGCUCCUGUUGCAAUAUUGAAAAAGUCAUCUCCCUUAGUACUCGAACAAAUUCUCAACAAUAACCCAGACCUUAGAAUAUCCAUUCUUCAUGGUCAAGAAGAUACCACUGUAGAUUUGUCAUUUAUACAUGAAUUUACUGAUUUGUAUCAGAAUUCUGAGUGUAGAAAGUGCCAUUUUGCAAAGAUCAUUUUAGAUGGUUUUAACCAUACUGAUUUUGUCAAACCCCUUAUGAAUAUUAAUUACCCACACAAAAAGGAUCGCCUUUUGGAUUUGCUCUCCUCAAUAAUACUGUAA